AUGAGCUAUACAAAAUCUUAUGGUGAAAGAUCUAGAGCGAGCCAAUGUGCCGUUACUAAAAAAUUGUUUCAAAUUAUUGAACAAAAACAAUCAAAUUUAUGUGCUUCAAUAGAUGUUAGAACCACCAAAGAAUUACUAGAAUUAAUUGAAAAAUUAGGUCCAUAUAUAUGUUUAGUCAAGACUCAUAUAGAUAUAAUAGAUGAUUUUACAUAUGAGGGAACUGUGAUACCGUUGGUUGAGUUGUCCAAACAGCAUAAUUUCAUGAUUUUUGAGGAUAGAAAAUUUGCUGAUAUUGGCAAUACGGUAAAAAAUCAAUACGUAGGUGGGGUAUAUAAAAUAGCUCUUUGGGCAGACAUUACAAAUGCGCAUGGUGUAACUGGUGCUGGUGUUGUUCAAGGCUUAAAAAGUGGAGCAAAUGAAACAACAAAUAAACCUAGAGGUUUACUUAUGUUAGCUGAGCUUUCAUCAAAGGGUUCCUUAGCUUAUGGAGAAUAUUCACAAAAAACAGUGGAGAUAGCUAAAUCUGACAAAGAAUUUGUAAUGGGAUUUAUAGCGCAGAAUCAUAUGAAAGGAGAGGAUGAAGGGUUUGAUUGGGUUAUAAUGACUCCAGGUGUAGGAUUAGAUGAUAAGGGAGAUAAUUUGGGACAACAAUAUCGUACUGUUGAUGAAGUUGUAGCUAAUGGUACUGAUAUCAUAAUUGUUGGAAGAGGAUUAUUUGGAAAAGGAAGAGACCCCGUAGAACAAGGGAAAAGAUAUAAAGAAGCUGGUUGGAAUGCUUAUUUAAAAAGAAUUGGGAAAUGA